AUGACUUCAACUUUCCUUGGAAAUUUAUCCCAAGACCUUAUAAAUCUUUUUGAAAAUAACGAUGAGUACAAUGUAAUCAUCGAAAUAGGGGAAGGAACUAUUAAACAAUCGUAUAAAGCACAUACUAUUAUCCUUCGUUAUCGUUGCCCCUACCUCUAUAAUGAACUAAAACAUAUUGGCUGUAAUGAUGGAGAUAUUAAGGUUAUUAAUAAGCCUAAAGUCUUAGUAAAAGUUUUUGACAUCAUUAUUAGCCUCGCUUAUACUUGA